AUGGGUGAACGAUAUAAUAUUCAUAGUCAGUUAGAACAUUUGCAAUCGAAGUAUAUUGGCACAGGCCAUGCAGACACAACUAAAUUUGAAUGGCUUGUAAAUCAACAUCGUGAUUCUUGCAGUUCUUAUAUGGGUCAUUAUGAUCUUCUAAAUUUUUUUGCUAUCGCAGAAAAUGAAGCAAAAGCUCGUGUCCGGUUUAAUCUCAUGGAAAAAAUGUUACAACCUUGUGGUCCACCACCAGAAAAACCAGAAGAUUAAAUAGUUCAAUAAACAACGUGCUUAUUCGUACAUAUCGUAGAAAUAAUAUGCAUCAUUGAAAAUUUUUAAUUAUUUUUAUAUAAAUUGACAAUUUUUUUUUUACAUUAUAUAAAUAAAGAUUGAUUUGAUAAAAUUA